AUGGAGUACAUUGGUGGUGAGCGAUGCUGGAACGGUCCCGACCGCAAGACGAUCGUGGAGCUGACCUGCAGCGACACCAACACCGUCCUCUCCGUGCAGGAGCCGAACAAGUGCGAGUACCACAUGGAGUUCACCACUCCGGCUGCGUGCUCGCCUGAGCGACUCGCGCAGCUCGAGCAGGAGCUUGCCCGCCUGGAGAACCCGAAUGAGGUGGUCGUCCCACUCACCACCAACGACCUCCUCUGA